AUGUGGUGGAGUCGCGCUGUGAUUCGCUACGCCACCCUGCGUACUUUUGUGAAAAAGCAAAAUCGUAAACGUGUCGCGAUUUAUGGUGCGGGACUUGCGGGACAACAAAUUGCCGCUGCAUUGUAUCGCUCCGAUGACUAUUUGCCUGUCUGCUUUAUUGAUGAUAAAACCUCGUUGCAAGGACAGUCUUUAAGUGGCUUAAAAAUCUUUUCGCCGAAAAAGGCGCUUACAGCAUUUCGUAAAUUUCACAUCGAAGAAAUUUUAUUGGCCAUGCCAUCAGCGAGUCGUGCACGUAAAAAAGCAAUUAUUGAGUCUUUUGAACCUUCAAAUGUCAAAAUCAUGGAACUACCUGGUGUCACCCAACUGGUAGGCGGUCGCGUUCAGGUUUCAGACAUUAGAGAAGUUGAUAUUAUUGACUUACUUGGGCGUGAUCCAGUACCACCAAAGUUAGACCUUUUAGAAAAGAAUAUUCAAGAUAAAGUGGUUAUGGUGACGGGUGCAGGUGGAUCGAUUGGUUCAGAGCUUUGCCGUCAGAUUGUGAAGCAUCAGCCGACAUGUCUGGUACUCAAUGUCGAUAAACUCACCUAUGCAGGUAAUUUAGAAUCGUUGGCAUUGGUUGAAAAUAAUGAGCGUUAUCAAUUUUCCCAAACUGAUAUUUGUGAUCGCAUUGCAUUAGAUCAAUUAUUUGAAAGUUUUCAACCAGAUGCUGUGAUGCAUUUGGCUGCUGAAUCGCAUGUUGACCGUUCAAUUACAGGCCCUGCUGCAUUUGUUGAAACCAAUAUUAUUGGAACAUAUCAGUUGUUGGAGGCUGCUCGUCAUUAUUGGAGCGAUUUAAACGAAGAUAAAAAGCAAGCUUUUCGUUUCCACCAUAUUUCAACAGAUGAGGUUUAUGGUGACUUAGAAGGUACAGAUGACUUGUUCCUUGAAACAACACCGUAUGCUCCAAGUUCACCAUAUUCAGCAAGUAAGGCUAGUUCAGAUCAUUUGGUUCGUGCAUGGCAUCGAACCUAUGGUUUACCUGUCGUUUUAACCAAUUGCUCAAACAACUAUGGUCCUUAUCAUUUCCCAGAAAAGCUGAUCCCAUUAAUUAUUUUGAAUGCCCUCAAUGGCAAAGCAUUACCUGUAUAUGGCAAUGGACACCAAAUUCGUGAUUGGCUAUUCGUAGAAGAUCAUGCACGUGCUUUAUAUAAAGUGGUCACUGAGGCUGCUGUUGGUGAAACUUAUAAUAUUGGCGGUCAUAACGAACAAAAGAAUAUUGAUGUUGUUAAAGCAAUUUGCACACUGUUAGAAGAACUUGCACCAAAUAAACCAAAUGGUGUGACUCGUUAUGAAGACUUGAUUACUUAUGUGACAGAUCGACCUGGUCACGAUUUACGCUAUGCAAUUGAUGCAAGCAAAAUUCAAAAAGACCUUGGUUGGGUGCCUGAAGAAAGUUUUGAAACGGGUUUAAGAAAAACCGUUGAGUGGUAUUUGAAUAACCAAGCGUGGGUUCAACAUAUUCAAAGUGGAAAAAAUGGCCAAGUGGGGUGGGAGUUACAGCGUGCACUCCAACCACUUGGAGAGGUGAUUGCUUUAGAUCGUCAAGCAAACCCUGAGGGUUGGUGUGGUGAUGUUGCAAAUUUUGCAGAAAUCUCAAAAGCCUUUGCACAAAUUUGCCCAGAUAUUGUUGUGAAUGCAACCGCUUAUACCGCUGUAGAUAAGGCCGAAUCUGAUACUGAACAGGCACAUCUUAUCAAUUGUUUAGCCGUUAAACACUUGGCUGAGGAGUGUCAAAAGCAUAGUGCAUUGUUGAUUCAUUAUUCAACAGACUAUGUGUUUGAUGGUACAGGUGUUGCGGCGUGGAAAGAAGAUGACCAAACUGCCCCAGUUAAUUUGUAUGGUCAAACUAAACGAGACGGUGAGCUUGCUUUAGAGCAAAGCGGAGUUUCAUUUCUAAAUUUCCGUACCUGUUGGGUCUAUGCGGCGCGAGGAAAUAAUUUCAUUAAGACCAUGCUCAAAUUGGCGCAAAUGAAAGAAGAGCUGAAUAUCAUCCAAGAUCAAGUUGGUGUACCUACUGGGGCAGCACUGAUUGCAGAUGUCACGGCUCAAGCUAUUCGCUAUUAUACUUUACAGUCUGAUGAACAAAAAAUACUGCUGCAAGGUCAUUACCAUUUGGCCCCUAAAGGUGAAACAACAUGGUAUGACUAUGCACAAUUUGUGUUUGCGCAGGCACGUGAACAUCAUCAACCGCUGAUCUUAAAACAAGUGAAUCCAAUAGAAACACAAGCUUACCCAACACCAGCAAAGCGUCCUUUAAAUUCACCAAGGUGUAGCACAAGUAUUAGAGGAACUUCUUCCAUGAGUCAAAUAAAACGCAAAGGUAUUAUUCUUGCGGGUGGGUCAGGUACACGUUUGUAUCCAAUUACUAUGGGAACGUCAAAACAGUUACUCCCAAUUUAUGAUAAGCCUAUGAUUUAUUAUCCUUUGUCAGUUCUAAUGCUGGCAGGGAUUAAUGAAGUUUUGAUUAUUUCGACACCAGAAGAUUUACCUAAUUUUGAAAAACUUUUAGGUACAGGUGAAGAGCUCGGAAUUAAACUUUCUUAUAAAGUCCAACCUUCACCAGAUGGUCUUGCUCAAGCCUUUAUUUUAGGGGAAGAGUUUAUUGGUGAGGAUAAUGUUUGUCUGAUUUUGGGCGAUAACAUUUUCUAUGGUCAGCACUUUAGUGAUCAACUCAAACGUGCUGCGUCACAAGUUAGUGGUGCAACAGUCUUUGGUUAUUAUGUAAAUGAUCCUGAACGUUUUGGUGUGGUUGACUUUGAUGCGGAAGGAAAGGCACUCAGUAUUGAAGAAAAGCCUGAACAACCAAAAUCAAACUACGCGGUAACGGGAUUAUAUUUCUAUGACAAUAAAGUGGUUGAAGUUGCUAAAAAUAUUCAGCCAUCGCACCGUGGUGAACUAGAAAUUACCGAUGUAAAUAAUGUUUAUUUACAGCAAAAUGAGUUGAAUGUUGAGGUACUUGGUCGUGGUUUUGCAUGGUUAGAUACAGGCACGCAUGACUCAUUGCUAGAAGCAAGCCAGUUUGUACAAACCAUUGAACACCGCCAAGGUUUGAAAGUAGCGAGUUUGGAAGAAAUUUCUUUCAAUAAUGGAUGGAUCAAUGCCGAUCAGCUCAAAGCACGUGGUGAGUUCUUUAAAAAGACUGGCUAU